AGAGCGGGGCGGGGUGCGGCUCCUUCCACGUGGGACGCUGGGCAGUGACAGGAGCCGAUCGCCGCCUGCUCCGCGCCUGGGACCAGCUGGGCUGUGGCCGCCUGUCCGGAGCUGCCCCGGGCACGCACGGGAAGCAGGGAGACGAUGAUCUUUGCCGCCCCUGCCAGCAGCAGCAGCAGCCCGUGAAGGAGAGAAAAACAAGCGCAGGGAGAGCUGGGAGAGAUUAUUCAUGAUGUCUGUCAAGAAGGAAGGUGCCCAGAAGAAAUGGGCUGCCGUAAAGGAGAAACUUGGGCCCCAGGAGACUGACCAGUCAGAGGCCAACCUAGAAAAUGCAGAGCCAGAACUAUGCAUUCGCCUCCUCCAAAUGCCCUCAGUAGUGAACUACUCUGGUCUCAAGAAGCGACUGGAGAGCAGCGAUGACGCCUGGAUGAUCCAGUUCCUGGAGCUGAGUGGCCUAGAUCUGCUCUUAGAGGCCCUAGACAGGCUGUCUGGAAGAGGAGUAUCCAGGAUUUCUGAUGCCCUGCUUCAGCUCACCUGCAUUAACUGUGUGCGAGCUCUCAUGAACUCCCACAAGGGGAUCGAAUACAUUGUCAGCAAUGAAGGCUAUGUCAGGAAACUCUCUCAAGCACUGGACACAUCUAAUGUCAUGGUCAAAAAACAGGUGUUUGACCUGCUAGCUGCACUCUGCAUUUACUCAGUGGACGGACAUGCCCUGGCUUUGGAUGCUCUGGACCAUUAUAAGACUGUGAAGAACCAGCAGUAUCGAUUCAGUGUCAUAAUGAAUGAGCUCUUCGCUACGGAUAACGUGCCUUACAUGAUAACGCUGCUAAGUGUUAUUAAUGCCGUGAUCCUGGGGACUGAAGAACUAAGAAUCAGGACGCAACUCAGAAAUGAGUUUAUAGGUCUUCAGUUGUUGGAUAUUUUAAACAAGCUAAGAGACAUAGAGGACGAGGACCUGUUUAUCCAGUGUGAGACAUUUGAGGAGUCCAAGGCCGAAGAUGACGAGGAAUUGUUAAAGAUAUGCGAUGGGAUUGACAUGAACAAUCACCAAGAGGUCUUUUCGUGUCUUUUCAAUAAAGUGAGCAGCUCUCCGGUCGCCAUCCAACUGCUGUCCAUUCUCCAGACCCUUUUGCAUUUGGAACCUUCUCAUCGCUCCAACCUGUUGUUGUGGGAAUCUUUGGAAAUCUUAGCGAACAGAGCCAUUUUGCUUGCCAAUGACAUCCAAGGGAACAGCAUUGAAGAAGUCCUGGAGAGACUGUUAUCCAUAAAGAAGUGCCCAAACCAACGAAACUUAGAGCAAAAACGAUCAGCUGAGAGAAUGAGCCAAAGCACUCAGACUGACACAGAUUUCGGGGAGUCCCUGAAUGCAGCUCAGAGCUCUACUACAACAGCCUUCCCUCCAGCGACAGCAGCACCUUCACCGGGGCCACCAGGAGCCACAGAGAAUGUCUCACCCUCCCAGCUAGCAGUCUGCUCCACUUCACCAGGGCAGUGCAUAUCCCUGCCUAGUGCUGCUCCUCCUCCUCCCCCACCACCACUGCCCGGCAUGGCAGCUGUGUCAGCUCCUCGUCCCCCACCACCACUGCCUGGCAUGGCCACUGUGCCAGCUCCUCGUCCCCCACCACCACUGCCUGGCAUGACUCCGCCUCCUCCCCCACUGCCCGGCCUGGGAGGUGUGCCUCCGCCUCCUCCCCCACUGCCCGGCCUGGGAGGUGUGCCUCCGCCUCCUCCCCCACUGCCCGGCCUGGGAGGUGUGCCUCCGCCUCCUCCCCCACUGCCCCGUAUGGGAGGUGUGCCUCCGCCGCCUCCCCCACUGCCCGGUAUGGGAGGUGUGCCUCCGCCUCCUCCCCCACUGCCCGGCCUGGGAGGUGUGCCUCCUCCUCCUCCCCCAUUGCCCGGCCUGGGAGGUGUGCCUCCGCCUCCUCCCCCACUGCCCGGCCUGGGAGGUGUGCCUCCGCCUCCUCCCCCACUGCCCGGCCUGGGAGGUGUGCCUCCGCCUCCUCCCCCACUGCCCGGCCUGGGAGGUGUGCCUCCGCCUCCUCCCCCAUUGCCCGGCCUGGUAGGUGUGCCACCCCCUCCCCUUCCAGAAGGCAAUGUGGAGGAAGUAGUGGUUGCCCACGUUGACUAUGCUUUGGGCUAUGCCAGGCCUUUCCCCAGGAAGGUGAAGACUCCAACCCUGAGAAUGAAGAAACUCAACUGGCAGAAACUGCCCUCCAAUGUGGUGCGAGAAAGUCGCUCCAUGUGGGCAUCAGUGAGCAGCGGCAGCGAUGAAACUAUAGAGCCUGAUUACAUGAGUAUUGAGCAGCUUUUUUGUUUUCCGCAAACAAAGCCCAAAGAGAAAGCGGCUACCCCAGUGAAAGUGGAACCAAAGGAGAUCACAUUCUUAGACUCCAAGAAGAGUCUCAAUCUGAACAUAUUUUUGAAGCAAUUUAAAUGCUCAAAUGAAGAGGUAGUUGACAUGAUUGAAAAAGGGGACAGGACCAAGUUUGAUGUAGAGGUUCUGAAGCAGUUACUGAAGCUGCUACCUGAAAAGCAUGAGAUAGAAAACCUGAAAGCCUUCAAGGAAGAAAAAGCCAAGUUAGCAAGUGCAGAUCAAUUUUAUCUUCUCCUCCUCAGGGUUCCCAGCUACCAGCUGCGGAUUGAGUGUAUGCUGUCAUGUGAAGAGACCACCGUCAUGCUAGAUAUGCUACAGCCAAAAGCAGAAGCGAUCAGGAAAGCCUGUGAAGAUCUUCUAACGACCCAUCGCCUGCCAGUUUUUUGUCAACUGAUUCUCAAAGUUGGAAACUUUCUUAACUAUGGAAGUCACACUGGAGAUGCCGAUGGCUUUAAAAUUAGCACUUUACUCAAACUAACUGAAACCAAAGCAAACCAAACCCGUAUUACUCUGCUCCACCAUAUUCUGGAGGAAGUAGAGAAAAGUCACACAGACCUCCUACAGCUUCCCAAGGACCUUGAAUGUGUCUCAAAGGCAGCCGGAAUUAAUCUUGACAUCAUACGCGCGGAAUCCAGUUCCAAUUUAAAGAAGCUGCUGGAACUUGAACGAAAGGUUUUGUCCUCGAAAGAUGACGUGAAAUCCCAGUAUGAGACGCCCAUCCAGGACAGCAUAAAUGCAUCAAAGAAGUUGGAGGAGGAGUUUGAAAUCAUUGAAAGGAAGAAGGGGGAACUUGCAAAUUACCUCUGUGAAGAUGCAAACAAGUUAUCAUUAGAAGAUAUAUUUAGCACCAUGAAAAUCUUCAGGGAUCUCUUCAUUAGGGCACUAAAGGAGAACAAGGACCGGAAGGAACAAGCUGCAAAGGCAGAAAAAAGGAAGAAACAGUUGGAAGUGGAAGAGGCUAAGAGACAAAAGGGAGACAAUGGGAAGAUCAUUAAGAAAGGGGCCGUGAAGCAGGAGGAGGUGUGUGUUAUUGAUGCCCUGCUGGCCGACAUAAGGAAAGGUUUCCAGUUGCGGAAAACGGCUAAGAACAAGAAUGAGCCGAACACUGCUCCUAAAGCCUCACCUGCCGAAACGCUGAAGGAGAGAGAGCCUGGAAAGAGCGUUGAUGCUUCAGAAGCAGCAGCAGCGAAAGAAAGUGCCUAUGAGACCAAGCAAAAGGAUAGCAGUCAGCACACAGAAAACGCUCCUGCCUCAGAAGCUGCUGCCAUUGCAAGGGCUACCGGUAAAGUUGUCAAAGAGGCACCAGCUUCCAAUGAAGUGCUUUCUAAAGACGGAGCUGGAGGAAAUUCGCUACAGCAGCCCUGUACUGACAGGAGCUUCCAGCCUUCAGCUGAAGUUGAGGGAACCCAUCAGCCCAACAAUGGAGUGAGUAUUCAGCAGAUCAAUGGCUCAUGUAGCUUUCCAGAGAACGUGGAAUACAACCCCAUUGUGUUUGCACCAUUGAACCCAGAAACAACUAUAAAGUUUGCAAGCAGCUCUUCAGGCAACUGCAUUGGUUUAGGAGAGGAACUGAAUGGCUCCAUCUCAGGAGACAAAAACAGUGCGUUCGGACCCCAUCAGUUAGAAAGAGGCCCUGUGUCUAAUGAACAAACGUCACAACCAAGUGAUGCAGUUGGGAAUGAAGCUAAAACCAGAGUUGAAGUAGAAGCUGACGGUGCUGAAAUGACUCCAACCAAAGAGUCGAGUUCUCAGCAUACAGAGGUAAGGGAGACAGAGAAAGAAAAUGACCCUGCUGUGGACUCAUUGCUGGACACCUCUCAGGAGAAAUCCUUCUCAGAAGAGCCAGUGACUGAUUCUUCUUGCUCAGCAACAGUCCCUCCGGCGAAAGCACUUACUGACAAGGAAAGGCAAAGAGGGUCUGAGAAACGGAGAAAGAAGAGACGACACAGCAAAAGCCAGUCAGAGGUUGACAUUGAUACUGGAGAUAAUAAAACCAAAAGUCGUUGUGUGAUACAGUGAGGUGUUACAACAAAGCAGAAGAAUAAAUAACAAGGAGUCAGUGAAAUGCUGACAAAUCCAUAUAAUGCUGCCGAUCUCUAGGAAGCACGUUCCACAGUGUUGAAAUUCCAUUACUGAUCAUGUUUGUAGUAAUAUCUUGGGAUGUAAAGUUUCUUCUAAAAUGGUCUUUCACUAAUCCUUCCUUGGGGAUUCUAUGUAGCCAGCAAAUAACCGCCAGAUGCAAGAGACUUAAGCACCUUCAGAAUGUGCCUUAUGUGAAUGCUGCCAGGGUCUGAUGCUGAAAACGCUUCAUGCCCAGAACUUCUGUGGAAGCUGAUGGGAGUUCCACGUGUCGAGGGCUGAUAGGAAUAGGCCUCUGAUAAACUUCAUUUGGGGUCAAAUCCUGCAGUCCCUUCCUAGGCCAAACUCUUACUGAAGACAAUGAGGCCAUGGCCCGGGAAAUGACUGCAGCAUUUUAUCCCAUGAAUCAUUUUAAAGACAGCAGUGCCUCCAAAACUGAAUUAAGCACUGUCAUCAGCAUCUGAUUGGAAAUCUGUUACUUCCCAUUCUAGUGUCCUACCAACAAUUGGAACUGAUGUUGGACCAAAUAAAAGACCCAAUUCAGAUGAAUAUACUUUCCCUUGCUAUCGUUUUAGACAGGGGAUAUCUAUUAAAGGAAAAUGUGUUGUAGUGAACAGCUGGCUGUUUGAACACUAAGGACUUGUCUAUAUGGAGAGUUAGUUUGUGUCAAGUUGGAGUUCAAAUGUACUGUGCGCUGGCCUUCUGCACACUAACUGGUUAUGUGGACCCUGGUACCACACACUAGAAGUUUUACAGUGCACUUUGAUCUACUCUAGUUUCAGUUUGGGGCCGUAUUCUACUUAUUUCAAAUGGGAAUAGAUCAAAGUGCACUACAGAACUUCUAGUGGGCAUUCGGAGGGUCCACACUGCCUGUUAGUGUGCGUGACAGGCUGAGGCAUUGCACUCCAGCUUUCUAUACGCUAACUCUCCAUAUACACAAGUCCUAAGGCCUGGAUCCUGUAAAGACUUAAACACACAUUAGCUUUAAGCAUGUGAAUAGUCCUCUGGAGUUCAGUGGAACUUCUGACAUGCAUAAAGUUAGACACAUGCAUAAGUCUUUGCAGGUUUGGUGCCUAGAGUAUCUAUUUUGUUAAAGAAACAGGAAGAGAUUUUUCUAGGGUGAUCCAUUCAUAAUAUUUAAAACUAAUAUUAUUUGGCAAAUCUCUGGUUCUGAAUAUUUAUUGCCUGCUGCAUGCACUCAAAGGCACUUGGAAUCAAACUGCAGAAUGUUUAGAGGCUGUUUCAGUUUAAAAAAAAAAGUUAUGCAAUUUGUGCUUUAAAACCAGGAACCUGCAGUAUUUUAUGUUAAGAAAUCAGAGUUUUAUUUCUGAAUUAUGUUUUAUAAUAACCUUGUACCAUAUAAUUUUGUACAUAGCUGUCAAUUUAAAAUUCUGUAUGUUUGUUCAAUCUGUAUUGCAAUAUUAGAUUGCAGUGGGAACUGUGUAGAAAAUCAUUACUUUUAGCAAUCAUGCCUAUAUACAGUAACUUGCUGAGCAUAUAUAAUAGUGUUCAGGCUAAGCUAUUUUGCAUUGCUUAUUAAGACUUGAUCAAGGGUCAUUUACUAACAUCUGUACUGGAUGAAGUUCAGAAUUAAAACAGGGUCUACCUUUAACUAAAAACUUUGCUUGGAGUGUGGUGAAAAUUGGUUAACUACAGCAAUUACCAGUUUAGAAUGGAGCGCUGUCAUUAUCAGAUUCAGCUGCGGAAAUCCUCUGUAGCAGUGUAGCAAAGCUGCAUUUGAAAUCAAGUUCACCACUGGUGUAAACAUGUAGAGGUUCAUUACAUUCAGUGGAGCUACGCUAUCAGCAGUGAAUGUGGCCCUUCAUCAUGAGAAAACACACACACACACAAAAGUGCUUAGGGGUCAAUCACUGUUGUAAUGGUCAUGGCUGGAGGGCUAGCUGCACCCAGUUCCCUUUUUGGUCUCUCUGGAUACACCCCCUCAAGUGUCAGACCUUUACCUAUCCCAGGGUGGAAUUCUACAGUUCUCCCAUUCAGACUGGGACCUGGGCUUCAGUACCCUGGGAUUCAACCAUGCUUACCCAGCAGGUCUGACUGGGUUCCGCAUUUAUGAUUCUUCCCUUCAGGAGCCUGCAGCCAGUGGUGUUUAGUGACAAAACUGUCUUACUGAAACCAGAGUACUGAUCGUUUUACUUAUAGUAACAAAGCAUGUAGAGAAAAAGCAUUUUAGGACAACAGACAGUCCACACUUGUCCAUCUUACCCAAAGGCUUACCAUCCCCUCAGGAAAGAAUCCUGUGGCACCUUAUAGACUAACAGAGGUUUUGGAGCAUGAGCUUUCGUGGGUGAAUACCCACUUCGUCAGAUGUGACGAAGAUGCAUCUGACGAAGUGGGUAUUCACCCACAAAAGCUCAUGCUCCAAAACGUCUGUUAGUCUAUAAGGUGCCACGGGAUUCUUUGCUGCUUUUACAGAUCCAGACUAACACGGCUACCCCUCUGAUACUUGACAUCCCCUCAGGGUCACCUAGUCAGGCCUAAUUUCUUCAGACAAUCCAGCCAAUGCCUGCAUCUUAGUCUGGUUCCCCCCAAACGAUAAUUUGUCUCUCUGCAGAGAACACCCCUUCCUAAACUGUCAGAGUUCCUUUGUUCUUGCAUUCUUGGCCUAUGUCCCUUUGGACAAAACUAGUUUUGCAGGUUGGCUUGGGAGGAGGUAAAAUAUUGAUGCUGUAAGAGUAUGGGCAUUGCUCACUGAACAACACUCAAGUGUUUGCUGAGAUGUGGCUUAUCCUGAGCCAAUCUUCUUCCCUUCCUGCUUGUUUUCUUUAUAGCCACCUACUAAACUAAACCAAUAUAUUCACACAGUAAACGUCCCAAAAGCCAGGUCAACACUCACUGUUCAUAAAUCAUGACAGAGCAGUUCCAAUUUUGUCACAGGAAUAAUUUAGCAAGAGUACAAGUGACAGAGACAGGGUGAGAAGAGGAAGGCUGUCUGAGUGGGAUGUCUAAUUUGGGGCUGUAUUUUACCUGUGAUCUUUGCAAGAAGCACCCACUCGCUUUCUCCCAAAAGAACUAAGUAUGCCUCAUGAUUUCUUACUAGUCACCUCAGGGCCAAAUUCAGUGCAGGUGUAAACAAGCCUUUCUAAUUUGUUUCAAUGGAGUUGCAUCCAUUUAUGCCAGCAGAGCAGUGAAUUUGGCCCUCAGAAAGAAACUCACUUUUUCUUCAAGAGUUUUAGCAUUGAGCAUCAUCUGCAUGAUUAAUCUAUGGUAUAAAUAAAUUCAGACACCUUUUUUUCAAGUUCCUUGCAUUAGAGGUAGGGGUUUUUUUCUUCUUUGUUUCAACAUUUUGAAGGAAUUUUAAAAAAUUUAGAAUUAAAAAAAAAUGGAGAAGAUGAAUUCACAACUUUCCUGUUUGUUGGGGGGUGGGGAGGAUUCCACUCUAUUUUGUAUGGUUACAGAUAUUGUUAUGGCGAUUAUAAGUAUAACAUUAACAUAUUACAUUGUAGCCUAAAUAAAUAUUCCUACUAGAAUCACUAAUUUAACACAAUCUUAUCCCAAAGAAUCUCAGUCCUUCCCACAGUGAAAAGAAACAGAAAAUAAAUCAAAUUGUGAAACUAAUAGUACAUUUCACUUUUCAGUUACAUUCCUUUCUUUUCUACCCCCUCCAACAUCUGUACAGUGCCUAAAGCUUCAUCCUGCAAAGGCUAUGCACAUGCUUAACUUUAUGCACUUAAGUAGACGCCACAGAAGUCAGUAGGAGUACUCACACAUCAAGUUAAGCACGUGUGGCAAUCUUUGCAGGAUGAGAGCCUUACACUGCAAGCUCCUUGGACUUUGUCUCCUACUUGGCUAUUAAGCACGCUGUUGGUGGCAUACACUUAGUAAUAAUUCUCAUAGAGUUAUUUUCUCUCAUACUGACCUUGUCUAUGAAUUUACAAUAGUUUUUGACCUUCACAUGGUGCUAACAAUUUCCACAUUCAGUACGUCAGUGGGAGUUGUGUUUAGAAUGGGCUAGAAUGGCUUUUGUGUACAAAAGUUAUGCAAAUCCCUGUCUGUCAUGGUCUCUUCAUUAUUUGAUUACUUGUUGUUAUGUGCUAUUUGGGAGAGAAGAUUAGAGAAGCACCAAACUGUCUGUCAAGGAAAUUUACAGAUAAAUGUAAAAGUUAACCAAUUUUCAUCCCCUCUAAAUGUAAAGCUUAGUUCUACAGCUUAAUGUUUCUGGCUUUCUGUGUGUGUAAAGGAUUGGUUUUCUGUACACGGUACUCUAUUUGGAGUAAAAUAUAGAGCUUACCAAUAAUAAAUCAGCACUAUAUGAAA